ACUUCCAUUUCUGAACGUUAGUUAUUUGAUGGAUGAAUCGUAGUAGACAACAAGUAUUCAAGUUUUACAAAACAUUUAUUCAGUCCUUCGAUAAUUUAUUUUAUAUUGUUUUUUUAAAUAUAAGAAACAGUUGUAGAGCUGCUCCAAAAUGGGGAAACGCCAGCAUCAGAAGGAUAAGAUGUAUUUGACGUACACGGAAUGGUCGACGUUGUACGGCGGACGGAAAUCGGGAACGAAUCUGGAGACGAGCGAGGAGAAAACGUUCAGGCGGUUGCCGUACGACCAUUGCUGCCUAUCUCUGCAGCCCUUUGAGCAUCCUUACUGCGAUCCAGAUGGCAAUGUGUUUGAGCUGGAAGCUAUUUUGCCAUAUUUGCAGCAGUACAAGCACAAUCCUGUAACGGGGAAAUCACUGGAUGCCAAGAGUCUGAUCAAACUGAACUUUUAUAAGAACUUACAGGACGAAUAUCAGUGUCCUGUUCUUUUUAAACUAUUUACAAAACAUUCACACAUUGUUGCCAUUAAAACCACAGGAAAUGUGUUCUCCUAUGAGGCUGUUGAACAGUUGAAUAUAAAAACUGGAAAUUGGAAAGACUUGAUGAACGAUCAGCCAUUCACACGCAAGGACAUUAUCACAAUUCAGGAUCCAAAUAAUGCAAUGAAAUUCAAUCUGUCCACAUUCUAUCAUAUCAAAAAUAAUAUAAGAGUAGAAGACGAAGAGACCGUAAGAGAAAGGAACAAUCCAAAUGCAAAAUUAAAAACUGUCUCGGCAGAAACCAAGGACAUUCUGGAGGAAUUGGAAAGGGAGUACAAGCCAACAAAGAGUAAUGAAAAGAAUGAUGCGUCUUUGCAGAAAGCUGACAAAUUUAAUGCUGCACAUUAUUCCACUGGAGCAGUGGCUGCCGGCUUUACCUCAACUAUAAUGCCGGCGGAAACUACCCAUCAAGCGGCUGUAAUCGCGGAAGAUCUGGUACGUUACGAGAGAGUCAAGAAGAAAGGAUAUGUGAGAUUACUCACGAAUUUUGGGGCUUUGAAUCUGGAACUUAACUGCGACCUGGUACCGAAAACCUGUGAGAAUUUCAUGAAACAUUGCCAAAACGGUUAUUACGACGGCACGAAAUUCCAUAGGUCGAUACGAAAUUUUAUGAUCCAGGGCGGUGAUCCAACCAAUACAGGCAACGGUGGUAAAUCUAUCUGGGGCAAACCGUUCGAGGACGAGUUCAAACCGAAUCUGGUUCAUCAAGGCAGGGGCAUCGUCUCCAUGGCAAACUCGGGUCCGAACACCAAUGGAUCCCAAUUUUUUAUCACAUUCCGAUCGUGCAGACACCUCGAUCGCAAGCACACAGUCUUCGGGAAGAUCGUCGGCGGUCUGGACACGUUGAACGCAUUGGAGAAGGUGGAAGUGGACAACAAAGACCGGCCGAUAGAAGACAUAGUUAUACAGGGUGUCCAGGUCUUCGUGGAUCCUUUCCAAGAAGCUGACGAUCAGCUCAUCGCGGAACGAGUUGCCGAGGCAGAACGAUUGGCGCAAGAAGCGAGUAAUCAAAACAAACCGGCGGAUAAAACUGACAAGAAUGACGUACAGAAAGUCUAUCGAUCAGGCAUAGGAAAAUAUGUAAAACUGGAGCAGGAGAAAUUGGACAAACGGGAUGGAAACGCGGAGCCCGCCACAAAAAAGAAGAAGGUCUCGUCGCAGUCAUAUGGAGAUUUCUCCUCCUUCACUUUCUAAUGAAUUAUUCAUUGAAAUAAUUAGAAUACCAAAUGUAUAUAGCACAUGUACAUAAGUCAGUUUACUAUAUAUAACUUUCCUGGCAAUCAUUUUGCCAUAAUACAUCCUCUGGCAUAUCUCCAAGUAUUUUUAUUGAGCAGCUGAAAUUGAACAAACAACAGGGCUAUUGUGAUAGAAAAUGGUAAGGAGCACUGAUUAUUAUAUAUUACAUAUGUAAAUAUAUGCGAUGCCCAUUGUAAAAAAAUGCAAUCCUUAAACAGAAUACAAAUUAUCCAUGAAAGAUUGAAUAAAGAAUAUUAAGAAUAUA